AUGGAUAAUAAAAAAUAUGUGACAAAAUAAUAUGGUAGAGAAAUCAAAGCAUAAAAAAAAGAGGAAAUAAAAACAAUUAUUGAAUAAUUACAUAAAAAGUUUGAAUCAUAAGUAGAUCUUAUUUCUAUAUGACGAAGGAUAAUGUUUUAUUAGAAUCAAAAGAAAUUUUAAAGAUUUGUGAAGAAUUCAAUGAUAUAUUUCUUGUGAAAAGAGAAAUGCAUAAUAUCUAAAAUUAAAUGAUUGAGAUUAUUGAUAUAAAAUUAAAUGUUGAUCCUGAAAUUGAAGAUAAAAUAUUAACAUCAAGUUUUAUCAUACAUCAAACAUUUAGAAGAGGAUUAAGUAUAAUUGGAUUUUAAAAUUAAUAUGUAUUACUUCGUAAAGGAAUGAUGAAAUUUUUUGAUAUGUAAAUGGUUUAUAGAAAUUAGAAAAAUAAUUGAUCAAGAAAAAGCAAAGUCAUAAGAAAAAAAUGAUUUAAAUAAUCUAAUAUCAUUUUACACUUUUGAGAGAAUAUACAAAGAAUUAGAAAAUGGAAAGUCUGUUAAAGUAAGGAAUUAUUUAAUAUUGUUUAGAUAUAAGUCUAAGAAAAAGCUAAUGGAGAAAAUGCAUAAAUAAGUUAUUAUCAACCUUUGAAUAUGUGGGUUAUUUGUUCCAAAAAUACUGCUAUUUUAUGUAAUGGAAUAGAUGAUUUGAAAAUUUAUUCAGAAUAAAAAUAUCAUCUUGCUAUAUAAAUUGCAAAAUAGUGGUUUAAAAUGAUUGAACAAAAUCCUAAAUUAAUAGAGAUUAAAUAAGAAUUAGCAAAUUCUACUCUUAUUGGUGAAUAUUGUGGACAUCCAAAAUUUUAACACUUAGUAAAAUAUGAUAAUAUUUAUUUAAAAUUUUUCUCAAGAGUCAAACAUAAUAGUUUAUAUACUUGUGAAUUUUAAAAUGAAUCUAGAUAGUUAUUUUAAAAAUAUUAACUUCCAACUGUUGCUUGUAGAUUGGAAGUUCAAGUUGAUUCAAAAGAGAAUUUGUUUAAUGAAUUAAAAAAAUUAAAAGAAAUAAUUAAAAUGAAGAGUAUAGAGGAAGAGGGAGAAGGAGCAGUUUUAUAUUUUUUAAAUGAUUAAGAUUAAUGUCUUUCACUUGGUAAAUUAAAGACUAUUGAAUGUAAUUUACAUUUAAAUUCUAAAUAGACAAAAUUCAUAGGUAAAUUAGGGAGUCAUUAAAAGAUUGUAUACACUAAAAGGGAAAUCCAGUAAAAACAUAUUAAGCAUUAUAAUAAAGUGUAUAAAAGUUUACAUCAAUUGAAUAAGGCAAGCGAAAACAAUACUUACAAUUUGCUGCUAAUUUAUUAUAAGAAGCUUCAAAGUAAAUAUUUUAAAUAAUUUGAAAAGUUUUCUUAAAGGUCAGUAAGAUAUAAAUAUAAAAUAAAUUUAAUAAAGACUAUUCAAUUUAAUUGAUAAAAGUUAUUUAGAUAUAAAAGAAAGAAUGUAAAAUAAAGGAAAAUAAGAAAUUAAUGUGUUUAAAUAAAUGUUAGAAUAAGAUGAAAAUAUAUAAUGA